AUGGCUGAUGAAGAUGCGACUAUAUCGGGGCUUGAGGCCUGUAUGAGUCAUGUCGAUUUUGCGGACCAGCCACAAAAAUUUCCUAUCGAUAAACUCCCGCAGGCGCUUGUUGACCUUGUGCUAGAACGGACCACAAUACACCAAAGAUUCACAAUCAGCCGUGCUAACCGAAAACUCCGGGAGCGCGUUCGUGAAUUUGGCGUCGUGCCAAAACGCGUGAAAUAUGUUGGUGUGGAACAGCUGGCCUUGGAUGCGAUGGCCAUCACAAUUGAUACGGCUACAGGGGACUCUAUUUGCAUUGGAUGCUGUGAGGAGGGAGCGCUAAUUCAGAAUACACGUACUGAUCGGGAACCUGAUGCAAGCGGAACCGAAGAAACAUUAAAUAACAGCCAAAUGGACCACCUACUCCGAAAAUCUUUUGAUAAAAUGCGCCCAAGAACGGCUGAACUCUGGGAUACAGCCAUCCGCAUCAUCCCCAAACCGCAAGCCCUGAAAUUCGGUCAUAAUCUUAUUAUCCGAUUUAUGGACGCAGAUACAGUUCAGCCAUGCUUGAAACUGGCCGAGACCACGCCACCUCAAAAUCUCUGCCUACGCCCGGCUCUUUUCUGGGCUUCACAAGCUUGCGAUCGACGAUGUUUUGCUGUUGGUGCACAGUUGCAUCAAUAUAAUUAUUUAAAGGAUGUCGACACCGUACAUUUAAUGGGCCUUCACUACCCUCCAUUUUUCACAUGUCUGCCCACAAAAAAUGUUUUCGUCUGGCAAGCAGCAGAUAUUCCUAUUGUGUACAUCUUAAAGGACCUACUAGAGAAGCGAAAAUGGGAAUAUCGUCCGAAGACGAUUGGAUUUUUGGAUGCAAAGCGUAGCGAGAAGACCACCGCUAUUAGAGAUUUAUUAGAUCAAUAUAGAUUGUCGGGCGGUUGUGAGGGCGACUAUGCAAUCUACAAAAUCCCAAUUCAAAGGGGAAAAGCCAGCGUCGUCUUUUGCGAAAAGCACGUUAUCAUCAGUAGAAAAUACGAUGCAGAAAAUGUUAAGGAAGCUAUUCGACGUUUUUAUGAAAUGAAGCCGUUGCUUGCCAAAGAA